ACCGACACACUUCGUCUGAAGAAAUCAACCGAUAUGAACACCUACGUCACUUUUGUUUGCCUGUUGGCUGUCGCAGCGAGCGCGCACGGCUAUGGACUGGGAGGAUGGGGCGGCUACGGUGCUGGAUACGAUGUUUCGAAAAUAAUCAGUGCCCCGAUUUUGGCCCCCGCUGUCUCAACCGCUAACGUAUACAAAGCAGCUCCGAUCCCCAUUAUUAAGAGCGUAGCAGUCGCUCCAAUCAUCACCGCACCUGUCAUCAAAACCGUACCAGUCGCCAGCUACAAUCUUGGCUACAGCGGCCUGGGCGGCUACGGUCUUGGUCUUGGCGGAUAUGGCCUUGGCAAAUCUCUCAGCUACGGACUUGAUUACGGCUACGGCAAAUACUAGAAGAUAUACCUUCCAUCUUCAGACGAAGAACUUAAACAGAACAACUUCUUGAUUGGUUGAUGCACUGAAUAAAGCAUUACACGUCA